AUUAAAUUUGGCCGCAGGACGCGCUGCGGGUUUUUCCCCGCACUGAGAUCCGAGAGACUGAACUGGUCCUGAAACAUCUGCAGACAUGGUUGAUGCUUUCUGCGCAACAUGGAAACUGGUCGACAGCCAGAACUUCGAUGACUACAUGAAGGCGCUGGGUGUUGGUUUUGCCACAAGACAAGUGGGCAAUGUCACCAAACCAACAGUGGAGAUCAGCCAAGAUGGGGACAAAGUAGUGGUGAAAACCCUGAGCACCUUCAGAAACACAGAGAUCUCCUCCAAACUGGGAGAGGAGUUCGAUGAGACCACACCCGAUGACCGCCACGUCAAAUCCACCUUCACCAUGGACGGAGACAACCUUGUUCAAGUGCAGAAGUGGGACGGGAAAGAGACCACAUUUGUCCGAGAAAUCAAGGAUGGGAAGAUGGUGAUGACCUUGACCUUCGAGGGAGUCCAGGCCGUCCGCACGUACGAGAAAGCCUAAACUUCAGCAUCCACUAGGAAGAGCAAAUCAUCUCCUUUAUUGUUUUGUUUAGUUGUAUGCAGUGAUUUGCACUUCACUUGUUGUUUUAACAUGUGAUAGAUAUUCGGGGGGAAUCUUUUAUAAGACCUUUUGUAAGAAAUUCAGACUGUGAAGGAACUGAACUGUUUUCAUUAUGUGCAUCAAAUGUGAAAAAUGGAGAAAAAAUUUAAUAAAAACUGCUUGACUACA